AUGUUCAUUAAGGAUUUUUCGAAAAUUGCACAUCCUUUGUGCAAACUGAUCGACAAAAAAAGUAAGUUCUAUAUUGAUGAAUCCUAUUUGAAGGCGUUUGGAGAAUUGAAAGAGAAGUUGGUGUCGCACCCAUUAUUAUUUCACAAGAUUGGAGUGAACAAUUUGAGGAGAUGUGAGAUGCGAGUGGGAAUUGUCAUAGUGCAUACCAACCAUUCUUCCUUGAGGUACUUGAUUGCGAAAAAGGAUGUUAAGCCAAGUUUGAUCAAAUGGGUAUUGUUGCUACAAGAUUAUGAUUUUGAGGUAAAAGAUAGAAAGGGGACUGAGAAUCAAGUUGCCGACCACUUGUCUAGAUUGGAGGAUGAAGCUUUGCGUGAAUUGGGAGGAAGGGCUGAAAUUCAUGAUGCAUUCCCAGAUUAA